AGGGGGGUUCGCAAUAGGAGUGGGUGGUGCUGAAACGAACAGCUCCGCGAGUAAAUGGGCGCUUCGGCAAAUAAGGUAAUCAGAGAGCUUUCAUAGCGCCACUGUCACUGUCUAUAGAGACAGCCUAGCCAUGAACCAGCCGAGCUCCCCAUCCUCAAGAUCCGCGUUCAAACUUCUGGAGCCCGUCUACUCACCCUGACCAUGAAGAGACAAAACGUGAGGACCCUGUCGCUCAUCAUUUGCACGUUCACCUACCUGUUAGUCGGUGCGGCUGUCUUCGAUGCCUUGGAAUCUAAGAAGGAGAAGACCCAGAAAAAGAAAGUGUACGACCGAAAACAAGAGCUUAUGAACACCUACAAUCUCUCUCAAUUCAACUUCGAUGAGCUGGAGAGGGUGGUGUUGCAGCUGAAGCCUCACAAAGCCGGGGUACAGUGGAAAUUCGCUGGAUCUUUUUACUUUGCAAUCACGGUGAUCACGACCAUAGGGUACGGCCAUGCGGCCCCCAGCACGGAUGGAGGCAAGGUGUUCUGCAUGCUCUACGCCCUGCUGGGCAUCCCUCUCACCCUGGUCAUGUUCCAGAGCCUGGGCGAGCGCAUCAACACCCUGGUGCGCUACCUGCUGCACCGCCUGAAGAAGUGCCUUGGCAUGCGGCGCACUGAGGUCUCCAUGGUCAACAUGGUGGCCAUUGGCUUCAUCUCCUGCAUGAGCACGCUGUGCAUUGGAGCACUCUCCUUCUCCUACUUCGAGGGAUGGAGCUUCUUCCACGCCUACUACUACUGCUUCAUCACGCUCACCACUAUCGGCUUCGGGGAUUAUGUGGCACUGCAGAAGGAUCACGCUCUACAGACCAACCCCAAGUACGUGGCCUUCUGCUUCAUCUACAUUCUCACUGGCCUGACCGUGAUCGGAGCCUUCCUCAACCUUGUCGUGCUGCGCUUCAUGACCAUGAACGCAGAGGACGAGAAGCGGGACGCCGAGCAGCGCGCCCUCCUCUCCCGAAACGGCCAGGCCGGAGGGCACAACCACAUGCGCUGCACCCCCGACUUGCCCUCCUCCUCCUCAGCUGCCUCAGGGUGUGGUGGAGGAUCAGGGAACAGUGGUGUGGGGGGAGCAGGGAGGGGGCUGCGAAACGUCUACGCGGAGGUGCUCCACUUCCAGUCCAUGUGCUCCUGCCUGUGGUACAAGAGUAGGGAGAAGCUGCAGUACUCUAUCCCCAUGAUCAUCCCCCGGGACCUGUCCACCUCGGACACAUACAUGGAGCAGGGGGAGGCCUUUUCCUCCGACCCCCUCCACCCGCUUCACUCCAACGGCUGCAUCUGCAGCAUGCACCAUCCCCACUCUGCCAUCAGCUCUGUGUCCACUGGCCUGCACAGUCUCACCCCAUACAGACUAGGACACAGCAAGCGGCGAAGCUCCAUAUAGAGGCCUGGAGGACGCAAUGCAUAUAAAACCAAGCCCCACCUCUUCUCUACCACAUGGAAGGACUGUGGCACUAUUUUAGAUGGACUAAACCAAGAGCGCUCAACUAACAGUCCUCAUGGGAUCACUGUCCUGUGGUGAUUUGUUUUGCACUGGCACUUAAGUGAUCGAUUAAUGUCACUGAUUUUUGAAAAACAAGAAUAGGCUUGUUUUGACCCUUGAUCUACAGUGCCUUGCGAAAGUAUUCGGCCCCCUUGAACUUUACG